UUUUGGUUCGAUACUCCUACGAGGGGCACAUCUAAUGGUCUCGAACAAAAUUAUUUCCAAUAGGUCUGGGUUUAGCAAAAAAAAUUUCGAAAUAGAGUUAGAAGGAAUUCUCUCGGAAUUUUUCGAGACUCUGGCCGAAAAAACAAAAGGGUGAUUUUCGUGACCUCAAAAUAGAGUUAGAAGGAAUUCUCUCGGAAUUUUUCGGGUGUAAAUCCGUCCAACCGCCUUUGCUGUCAUCACUGAUUUUCUUAUUCUAAAAUUUCCAGGAGCUACGCCUCAAUAGCCACAUUCAUCUAUUUCACUGGAUUUCGUGACUGCGCCGUUUCCGUCUUUACGCUGAAGUAGCAUGCUAUUCUGCUUCCCAGAUUUUUGAUGCUUGGAAAUAUAAGAAGAGCUGCCCAAUCUAUUCUCAAAAACCUCAGAAAUAGACAUCCAGAACUACGUAGCUAUGGAGCAGUUCUCCCUGUUGGACCCAAUAUCCAUCAAUGCAGAUUGGACAUGCAAUAUAAGUUUCCAAGUGAACCACGCAGCUCAUUCAUGUUUGGGUCAAAGCAAAACUUUUGCAAAUGCUAUUUGGUGAGAAACUUUUCUGUUGUCUCAGUGAGUAGUGCGGUGACACAUCAUUCCAAACUUGCUUGGAAAAGGCUAUACAGAAACAGAAAAUAUUCUUAUAAUGGUUACAAUACAUUUCCCUCCAUAAAUAUGAUUGCUCAAGCAGUCAGCUUGGCCCUGACCCGUUCUUAUUUGCUAGUUCCUGGUAUUUUUGCAUUCACAUGUGGAGAGCUAGCAUGGGCACAGCAAAGUUGGGGAGCCGUAGAAUGUUUCCCUUCACACAGUGCUCUUUAUAUGCGUGCACAAGAUGGGUAUGCUUACUUAUUCUCAUCUGUAUCCAUGGUGGUAGAAGUCCUUGUUUUGUUAGUGAGAGCUGUCUACCUAGCAAUAUUAUUCACUCCAUCCAUAGUUAUUGCACCAUAUGCAGAUUACUUUGGACCAAAGUUCAGGAAAAUGUGGCUUCAAAUUGUUCUUCGUACACUUGAAAAAGCUGGUCCAGCAUUUAUAAAAUGGGGUCAGUGGGCAGCUACCCGACCUGAUCUAUUUCCUCGAGAUCUUUGCACCAAGCUUGCAGAACUUCAUACCAAAGCCCCUGAACAUAGUUUUAAGUACACAAAGAAAACAAUAGAAAGAGCAUUUGGUCGAAAAAUUUCUGAAAUUUUUGAUAGUUUUGAAGAAGAACCAGUAGCAUCUGGAAGUAUUGCUCAAGUUCACAGGGCUUCUCUGAAAUAUCGUUACCCUGGCCGGAAAGCAACGCCCUUACUGGUUGCAGUAAAGGUUAGACAUCCGCGUGUUGGAGAAUCAAUUAGAAGAGAUUUUGCAAUUGUUAAUUUGGUGGCAAAAAUUUCAAAGCUCAUUCCCACACUUAAAUGGUUAAGAUUGGAUGAAAGUGUGCAGCAGUUUGCAGUAUUCAUGAUGUCUCAAGUUGACCUUGCCAGGGAAGCAGCCCAUUUGAGCCGCUUCAUUUACAAUUUCCGUCGAUGGAAGGAUGUUUCUUUCCCUAAACCUGUCUAUCCUCUUGUCCAUCCCUCUGUUUUGGUUGAAACCUAUGAACAAGGAGAAAGUGUUGCUUACUAUGUUGAUGGGCUUCAAGGACAUGAGCGGGUUAAAUCUGCCCUGGCUCACAUUGGAACUCAUGCACUAUUGAAGAUGCUGCUGGUGGACAACUUUAUUCAUGCAGACAUGCAUCCUGGAAAUAUCCUUGUUCGAGUACCUCAGAGAAAGUCUUCUCGCAGAAGGCUCUUCAAAUCAAGGCCUCAUGUUGUUUUCCUUGAUGUAGGCAUGAUUGCUGAGCUCUCUGGGAGUGAUCGAGUAAAUUUAGUGGAAUUUUUCAAAGCUGUUGCAUGCCGAGAUGGGCAAACUGCUGCAGAGUGCGCACUCAGGUUGUCAAAGCAACAGAGCUGCCCAAAUCCAAAGGCUUUUAUUGAGGAAGUGGAUGAGGCGUUUGCUUUUUGGGGCACUCCAGAAGGAGACUUGGUCCAUCCCGCUGAAUGCGUGGAGCAAUUACUUGAGAAAGUUAGGCGUCACAGAGUUAAUAUCGAUGGCAAUGUCAGUACUGUGAUUGUGACAAUCUUGGUUCUUGAGGGUUGGCAGCGAAAGCUUGAUCCUGGGUACGAUGUGAUGGAGACGCUUCAAACAUUGGUACUCAGAGCGGACUGGGCAAAAUCCCUUUCUUAUACAAUUGAUGGUCUAAUGGCUCCUUGAGAAUGAUAUUGCUCUUUUUAUUUAUUGAGUCUCCUUGGCAACAAUUUUGGCCAUAUAACCCUAUGUAGUCACCAGAUGCAAGAAUUCAUUCAGUCUUGGGCUCCCAGAUUUUUGUCUUUUGGUCUUGCUCCUUAAAUAUUACUAUCACCUGUGUUUAUCUUGCGUUCAGUUAUUCCAUGGAACUAUUCAGUUGCAUGAUGUAACUACGCGUGUCUGCCACGUGUAGAAGUAGAAGUAUAUUUAUUGUAACAAGUUUUUGGAAAUGAAAUAUGCCCUACAAAUCUUAUGGUAAAUGAUCAUGAUUAUUAUAUUUCCAUUUUGACCCAAUUUUUGUAGUUAGAUGAUUCAUAUUUA